AUGGCUCCUCUAUUCGUCAAGCUGCAAGUACUUUUUGUUUUCACUUGCAUAUUUCAUGCAGCAACAGUAACAUGUACACACUACCGCGACAACACCCUCAAAAUAUUGUCUUCCACAAACUCCUCCAACCAGAACCACAGUUGGGUCGGACCCAUCGGCCACCGUGUAAUAACCGUUGACCUUAACGGCGGUGGCCACUUCCGUUCCGUUCAAGACGCCGUCAAUGCUGUCCCAGACAACAAUAGAAUGAAUGUCCUUAUUCAAAUCAGCGCCGGAUGCUACGUGGAGAAGGUGAUGGUGCCCGUUUCGAAACCUUACAUAACGUUUCAAGGAGCGGGUAGAGAAGUGACGGUGAUGGAAUGGCAUGACAGAGCAAGUGAUCCUGGUCCCAAUGGACAACAAUUGCGUACUUACAGAACAGCUUCUGUUACUGUUUUUGCUAACUACUUUUCUGCUAGGAAUAUCAGCUUCAAGAACACAGCGCCAGCACCAAUGCCGGGGAUGCAGGGGUGGCAAGCGGCGGCGUUUAGAAUAUCAGGGGACAAAGCAUACUUCUCAGGCUGUGGAUUCUACGGUGCACAAGAUACACUUUGUGAUGACGCUGGCAGGCAUUACUUCAAGGAAUGCUAUAUCGAGGGUUCCAUUGAUUUCAUUUUUGGUAAUGGCAGGUCCAUGUACAAGGAUUGCGAGCUACACUCAAUAGCAACGAGGUUCGGUUCCAUAGCAGCCCAGGAUAGGAAAUACCCAUACGAGAAGACAGGCUUCGCAUUCGUACGAUGCAAGGUUACGGGUACAGGCCCACUGUAUGUGGGGCGAGCAAUGGGCCAAUACUCGAGAAUUGUGUACUCGUACACAUAUUUCGGUGAUGUAGUUGCACACGGUGGUUGGGAUGAUUGGGACCAUGCUCACAACAAGAACAAGACUGUGUUCUUCGGAGUGUACAAGUGUUGGGGACCAGGAGCUGAGGCAGUACGUGGAGUCUCAUGGGCCAGAGAGUUGGAUUUCGAAUCAGCACAUCCAUUUCUAGUCAAGAGCUUCGUCAAUGGGAGACACUGGAUCGCACCCUCUGAUGCUUAG